AGUUCUUUAUAGGUAGCAGAAACCUAGAGGGUAAGAAAGAAACCUCUGGUUUCGUCUCCCUCCACCUUAUCAGGGUUUAUCACUCCAAAUUCUGUAGGGUUUUGCCUGCUUACUCCCACGGAGAGAAAUGGCGUCUCUAAUGGCGAUUCGUCGAGCACCAAUGACUUCCAUCUUCAUAACUUCAUUCAAGGUACGUUCUUUCCACUCUUCUCGCUUCACUUCCACUCACCGCAACAACCAAAUCCUAACCCUAAGGAACAAACCCAUAUCGUUAUCUUCUUCCUGUGUUACUCUAAACCUCCCUUUCAAGUCCCUGUCCACCUCAGCCGUCCCAAACCAUUUCCAGGGCCCACGACAACCACAGUCUGAUAACUAUUAUCAGAACGGAAAUGGUAGCCCUAAUCAGUGGAACGGCCCAAAUCAGACCUAUAAUGAGUAUGGAAACCCUAAUCAGUUCAAUCAGAUGAAUAAUCCGAAUCAGAACUAUCCCGGUCGAGGAAACCCAAAUCCGGGUCAGGGAUAUUCGUCUCCCCCCCGCGGAAGCCCCGAUUUUCCUAAUCAGAGCUAUACUCAGGGUGAAAACCCGAGUCGUAAUACGAGUUAUCUGCCUCCUGGGAAUGAUAGACAGUGGAAUUAUCAAAAUCAGGGGCCGAACCGUACUGGGGACUAUCCACAACGAGGCGUGAAUGGUAAUCAGAAUCAAGCUUACCCACGUCACGAGAACCCUAGUCAAACUCGGUACUAUCCUCAGCAUGGUGUGAAUCAGUUGGAUGGUCAGAACCAAGCCUACUCACAAAGCGAGAACCCUAGUCAAACUCGGUACUAUCCUCAGCAUGGUGUGAAUCAGUUGGAUGGUCAGAAUCAAGCUUACCCACAACGCGAGAACCCUAGUCAAACUUGGAACUAUCCGCAGCGUGGUGUGAAUCAGUAUGACAAUCAGAAUCAAGCUUACCCACAACGCGAGAACCGUAAUCAAACUCAGAACUAUCCGCAGCGUGGUGUGAAUCAGUUUGACAAUCAGAAUCAAGCGUACCCACAACGCGAUAACCGUAAUCAAACUCAGAACUAUCCGCAGCGUGAUCAGUUUGACAAUCAGAAUCAAGCUUACCCACAACGCGGAAGCUCUAAUCAGCCGGACAGCCAGGCCCAAAAUCAAGGCCAGGUUGUGAACAAUCAAGUCCCCAGUGGCCCACCCGCUAAUGUUGAUUUGAUGAGCUUGUGCCAAGAGGGCAAGGUGAAAGAAGUUAUUGAAUUCAUGGAACAAGGGGUAUCUGCCAAUGCUCAGUGUUUUGAUGCCCUGUUUGGUUUAUGUGCAAAGUCGAAGGUACUAGACAAUGCCAAGAAAGUGCAUGAUUACUUUCUCCGAUCCACUUUCAGGGGCGAUCUUCAGUUGAAUAAUAAGGUGAUCGAAAUGUACUCAAAAUGUGGAAGUAUGACCGAUGCACGGAGGGUCUUUGAUCACAUGCCUGAGAGGAACAUGGAUUCUUGGCAUUUGAUGAUUAAUGGGUAUGCAGGAAAUGGCAUGGGUGACGAUGGGCUAGGAUUGUUUGAACAGAUGAGGGAGUUGGGUUUGCAACCCAAUAAGCAAACUUUUCUUAGUGUAUUAUCAGCUUGUGCUAGUGCUGAUGCUGUGGAGGAAGGAUUUCUGCACUUUGAGUCUAUGAAAACCGAAUACGGAAUGUCUGCUGGGAUUGAGCAUUAUUUGGGGCUUCUCGAUGUUCUUGGUCAUCCUGGGCAUGUCCAUGAGGCUUUUGAGUUCAUUGAAAAUCUCCCAUUUGAACCCACAGCUGUAAUUUGGGAGGCUUUAAGGAAUUAUGCUCGUAUUCAUGGAGAUAUCGAUCUUGAGGACCAUGCUGAGGAGUUAAUGGUUCUUCUUGACCCUUCGAAGGCGAUUUCUAACAAGAUCCCUACACCACCUCCCAGAAAGCACUUGGCGAUCAACAUGCUUGAGGGUAAAAACAGGAUAAGCGAGUUUAGAAACCCAACUCUGUAUAGGGAUGAUGAGAAGUUGUUGGCAGCAAAGAAGGAACAAGGGUAUGUGCCUGAUACAAGAUAUGUACUUCAUGAUAUUGACCAGGAGGCAAAGGAGCAGGCAUUGCAAUAUCACAGUGAGCGUCUGGCGAUUGCUUAUGGUUUGAUUAGUACUCCAGCCAGGACGCCUCUGAGGAUAAUCAAGAAUCUCCGUGUGUGCGGUGACUGUCACAAUGCCAUCAAGAUCAUGUCCAGGAUUGUUGGGAGGGAGUUGAUCGUCAGGGAUAACAAACGGUUCCAUCAUUUCAAGGAUGGGAAAUGCUCUUGUGGAGACUACUGGUGAGGUUACCGUUGUUCCGGAAUUUUGGUGAUAAUAUCUUCUCAUCUGCAGUUGCUGCCACACUCGAAGUUGCAUCAGUUUCUGGCUUUCACUAUGGCCUGCAAUCUACUACUGCUUUGGAUCAAAAAAAUAAAAUAAAAUCUACUACUGCUUCGCUUGGGGGAAUACCAGCCUGGUUCAUGUCCAAACAAAGGGUUGGAGUCGCUUAUUCUGGAACAUUGUAAUCUGAUUUCAAUCUGUUUUCAGGGGGUGUUGAAUUGUAACAUGUUCUAUAUGUAUGCGUUGUAGGUGUCUUAACUGCUCGGUUGAAAGCUUGCCAACCGUGGUAUCUUUUGGGAGUUGGGUUGGCAUAUGAUUGUCGAGCGUAUGGGGUGUCAACUUAGUUGGGAUGUCAUUCGCUCGUUCUGAUUCCUUUUUUACCCACUACUUUUCUCUUGUACAGAUCUUAGUUGUC